UUUACUGGAAUCGUUAAUUUUCAUUGGUUCAUUGGCUUACUAGUGGUUGAACUGUAGCAAUGCUGCAUAACCCGGUCAUACAGUUGCCGUGUGAGUCCGUCCUGUUAAUCUGUCAUUCUUUCUCGUCGUUGCUCUGUCAUUACCGUCUCACGGCUUUACAUUUGAUUCGGCUAAUCAGCUCAAAUAACUAAAUAAUUACACUUCAAUCAUGUAUUCCUUAGUUAAAGUUGUUGCACCAGCUGUCCGCUCUGCUAUCCUCUCAAACAGAGCUUCUCUUGCCAGGCCAAUCAGUAGUAUUGUGUCAAAUGGACCAAGCACACAAUUACAACAAAACCAACAAUCUCCAAUUGUACCUAAUGGAAGCUUGGUUAAUGCUGUUAGAGGAUUCCAAACCACUACUGUUUCAAGAGACAUUGAUUCAGCUGCUAAAUUUAUAGGUGCUGGAGCAGCUACAGUAGGAAUUGCCGGAUCAGGAGCUGGAAUUGGAACAGUUUUUGGAUCUCUCAUCAUUGGUUAUGCCCGUAAUCCAUCUUUGAAACAACAACUUUUCUCAUAUGCUAUUUUGGGUUUCGCCUUAUCAGAGGCUAUGGGUCUCUUCUGUCUUAUGAUGGCAUUCUUGUUACUGUUUGCUUUCUAAUUUGUUUGAAAUUGUCUUUCGUUAUUCGUAAUAAAAUCAACAACCCACAUUAUUAAAAACAUUCAAGUAUACAAAAUGUAUUGUUCAAAAUUGGCACGACCUGAAGAAUCGCGAAAGACUGUUUAUCUGUGAAAUAUACUUUGAUAGGGAAUUUACCUGUUAUAUUUAUAGAUGUAACUUAUUAUAAAAUAUUAACUAGGUGUUUAGAGCCUCAUAUUGUAGACUUAAAAAACGCCUAGAUCAAAUUAUUUGUUUGGUUUUUUUCCUACUUUAUGUUUCACAGAUGUAUAAAUAGAAUAAAUACUUAUUGUAGCAUCCAUUUA